AUGUCUCCUCCCCCCCUUUCUGCGCACGGCAGUGAUCCGGAGGCGUCGGACUCGUCGGCGGGAGCCAUAGUGGGCGGCUGGGGCGCCAAGUGGGCGAGCAUGGCGCAAGCCAACGAGAGCGUGACGGACGACGACGCACCCGAGGGGCUGCUGCAACUGGCGCGGCAGAUCCAGGAACGCCAUGAGGAGGACGAGGUGGAAGAGGAGGUCUGGGACGAGGACGCCCAUGUUGAUGAGGAGGAGAUUUACCCCGUUGAGCGAUCUUCCAGCGGCCGCAGGCGAGGCAUGGUCGGUGUUGUCACCGGUUGCGGCGUGCCUAUGGAGUCGCCCGGGAGCGGCAAGACGAAGAAGAAGAAGUCGUUUUUUGGGCUCGCGUCAAUCGUGCGAUCGCUGUCGGGACGGUCGAAGAGGAGCCCUGGAGGGAAGGACGCGUCGCCCGCUGCUGCAGCGCGCCGAGGCCAGAUUGCGCCCGAGCCGUACAGCGCAACCGACGCUACCCCCACCGAGGCGAGCAACGCGUACGGCAGAGAGAUGCCGCAGCCGCAGAAGCUGCACUUCGCGCCGUCUCAGCAACAGCAAGCUUCCGCGCCCACUCUGCCACUGGUGUACCAGCAGCAGCAGAUUCAGCAGGUCGAGGAGCCCGCAAGGAGCGGCCUGCAGCAGCUGCAGCAGCAGCUGCUGAGUCAGGAACAGGCCGCGGCGACGUGGAGCUCCGUGCCCGUGAAUCUCGAGGGGCUGCGCGACGUGCUCGACAAGCGCAUGGCGGAGGACCACGACGGCUCGAGCGGAAGGCUGACGGAGAGCGGACAGCCGGCGCGCAGGUCCGGGAAUCUGCGGUCCGCGGACAAGUGGUUGCGGCAAAUCGCGGCGGCGGAAGAAGAAGGCCGGCUCGACAUAUGCACACGCCUCUUCGAGCUCGCUCAAGAGUGCGGCUCGCAGCCUGUGGAGGCCAUUCUCGAGGCGAAGGAGGCAUUCAACCAGCGCCACGGCAUCGCUCCGCCGUCAGCCGCCAAAACUCCCCCGCGCUCCCCGCUGCGCUCACCGCUCCGCUCCCCGGCGCGAUCUCCGGCCACCACGCGGUCUCCGCUCCGCUCGCCCAUCUCUUCCCCGCUGCGCUGCCUCGCGCCCAAGGCGCAGAAAGACGCGGACUCGUCGGACGAAGAGGAGGACGCGGACGCGGAGCCGCGCCUGCGCGCGGCGGAAACCGGCAAGGCGCCGCGGAAGCUCCACGUGGAGGAGAUUGAGAUCGAGGAUGUGCCUGACGUGGACGGUUACAGCAGCGACGAAGGGAAGCGCGGGCAAGCGGAGGAGGAGGAGAGGGAAGAGGAAGAAGAAGCUCUCGAGACGGCGAACACGGCCGCGUCGGGAGUGGGAUCGACUUACCUCGAUGCUACAGCCGCCAGUCCCAGCUCCGUGGCCUCUUCUUCCAUCCGCCCUGCUACAGCCUUCCGAUACUCCGCGUUCGAUUCCGCGAGCACCGCGUUCCGCCUGCCAGCUUCCGCCCCCGCCCCCGCGGCCGACCCGUACAAGGGCGGCGCAGCUGCGGCGGCCGCGGCGGCGGCGGCUGUUGCGGCGGCUGCUGCGGCGGAGUUCAAGUCGCCGAUCGACUACGGAAGCGACGACGACACGGUGAUGCUGCGCGCCAAGCGAGCGCCGGACUAUGGCGCGGCAGCGAGCCCGGAGCACAGCCAGAGUGGCAUCCGCGCGGGCCAUCCUUUCCCGCUCCCGCAGGCGCAGGAGCAGGCGCAGGAACAGGAGCAAUCGACGUCCGCCGCUGUGCCCGCUUCCGCGACGACCGCUCUCUUCGCGGGCGAGAGCAGUUCCGCGGCAGAGGCGGAGGCGGAGGCGGAGGCGGAGGCGGAGGCGGAGACGUGGGCGGAAGGGGAGAGCGAAAAGGCGCAGGCGGAUUCCAUCGAGCGGAGCAACGCAUAUAGCUCGAGCAGCGAGAGCGAGAGCGAGAGCGAGAGCGAGAGCGAGGAUGAGGAGGAGGAGGAAGAGGGGGAGAAGAUAGUGCCAGUGGUGGAAUCGUAUUACGGCCAGGCGCCAACGACGACGACGGCGACGGCGACAGCCGAGCUCGUGGAUGAGGCGCAGGCGGCGGAAUCGCAGGCGGAAAGGCUUGCGGAGGCGCAGGCGGUGGUGCAGGCGGAGACGGGGAAAGAGGAGGAGGAGGAGGAGGAGGAGGAGGAGGACGUGUUUGAAGAUGAUGAUGAGGAGAAUUGGGAGGACUGCAGGAGCGCCGCGGGCGACUGGAGCGAGACGGAGAGCGAGCGCAGCUACAAGCGCGACUACCGGCGCGGCGGCUCGUCGCUCUUGACGGCUGGUUCUGCGCGCCAAGCCUUGCUCCUGCAGCAGCAGCAGCAGUUCCAGCAGCAGCAGAGUGUGUCUGCUACGGCCGUGGUGCCGGCUGCGGAGGUUGCGGUGGCAGCAGCGGCAGCACCGGCUGCUGCGAGCAGCAGCAGCAGCGCGAGCAGCGGCAGCAGCGAGGGCGAGUGGGAUCGAGAGGUGACGACGGAGGGGCUGGAGAGCGCGCUGGGGCCCAUCAGCCCGCCCGGCAGCCCUCCCCCCCCUGCUGCUCCUACACCCGCUGCCGCGCCUGCUCCUGUUUCUGCUCCUGCCGCGGCUCUCUUGCCGGAGGCUGUCACGAGGCCUGUGACCCCGCCUGCUGCUUACGCGCAGCCGUCGCCCGUUGCGCUCUCGCAGGCUGCCUCGUCGUCGCCGUCGCCCGUCGCGAGGUCGCGACCUGCGUCGCCUGGAGCUCCUGCGACGGAAGAGGCGCAGGCGGAGUCUCAGGGGGAGAGCGCGGUUGUGCAGACUGUGUCGGAGGUGAGCGCUCGACUGAAGGCCGCCACUGCCGCCACUGGUGCUGGCGCAGCUGCUGCGUCUCAAGCGGCGGUCCCCGUCAAGUCCCCUCUGCGGCAGGCGGCCAAGUCUCCCGUGCCUCUGGAAUCCGCGGGUUUCCUCGCGCCCACGGCGUCUACGGCUAGCAAGACCAAGGCGCCUGCUGUGUGCGCUACCGCGGGCGCUGCGGCGGCUGCUGGCACUGGCGCCGCUGGCGUGGGCGCCGGAGGGAGCGCCGGUGCUGCUGCUGCGGCGCGUGCGGGACGCCGGACCAGCCUUGCCGGCGGUGGCGGUGCGGGUGGUGCUGCGGUGACUGCUGCUGGAGCAAUGGCAGGAGGAGGAGAGCGGGUUGCGAGCAGUCUCCCGAGGGGAGGCCCUCUGGGCAGGUCUGUCAGUGCUGACCGCUCCUCCCACCGCCCCUCUUCUGCUGCUGCUGGUGGCGGGCACGCUCCUGUGUCGCCGCUGGCUGUGUCGACGUCAGGUCUCAUCUCGCCUCUGCACUCCCUCGCCGCUGCUCCCUUGCCUUCCCCCGCCCGCGGCACUGCGUCUCCCAGCCGCGUGGGAGGAGGAAUCGGAAAGGGCGCUGCUGGUGCUGCUGCUGGUGCUGGUGCUGGUGCUGGUGGUGUCGGUGGUUCGGCUGCGAGCAACCCGAGCAACACCCUGGGCGCGGGGUCCCGGAGGCUGCUGAUGCUGCAGGACCCUGCUCCUGGUAGCAGCGGCAGCAAGGGAGGGAGGAGCAGGGGAGCGAGUGGAGACACGGAGGAGCAGGAAGGGAGCUGUGGUUCAGGCCUGGAGGUGCCAGUGCAGGGCAUGGGCUCUCUGCUCAAGGGCGUGGGGAGGGGCACAGACGCGUUUGGGUUACCGGACGUGCAGGAGAGUGGUAGCAGCAGCAGCGCCAGUGGUGGUGUGAGGCAGCAGCGGAAGCAGGGGGGUGCUGCAGCGGCGUUGGUGACUGCAGUGGCGGCGGCAGCGGCUGCUGCGCCGGCGUCUGUGGCGGCAGAGGCGGCGGCUGCGGCGGGGAUUGGGAUGAAGGGGCACGAGGUGGUGGUGGGCGGAGGAACGAGCUUCGGUUACCGCGCGAACCAGAGCGCUGGUGCUAGCGAUACUGGGGCAGCAGCAGGUAACGGCGGUGGUGCUGUUGCAGCGGCUGCUGCGGCUGGAAGGAGGGCGUCUCUCGCAGGUGCUUCUAAGCUGAAGGGCCCUGGAGUGGGCGGAGGGGUGGGUGGCAGCGGCAGGCGGGAGGAGGGCGGUGUCUCACUGCUGCAGCCGCUACGGCAGUCGGUGUCUCACCGCAGCAGCAUUGGCGGCGGCGGCAACGGCGGUACGUUUGCAGGGGAGCAUCGGCUGGAUGUGCUGAGCAGUGGGCGUGGCAGCAAGAGCAUCAACAGCAGCAACCACCAUGCCGCUGCCACUGCGGCUGCUGCUGCGGCUGCUGCCAACAGGGGCGGAGGUGGAGGAGGAGGGAUGAAGAAGAGCGGGUGGGAGUCGUCACUGAGGGAGAGCAGUAGCACGGUGAGGGGCGGGAAUGGUGGUGGCUUCACCACGACUGGCCUGAAGCGCUCUAGCACGUUUGGCAGCAACAGCGCAGCAGCGGGUGCCGGCGCGACAGUAGGUCUGAACGCCCGCCCGGGCGUAUCCCCGCUUCGCAGUGGCAUCGGCAGGGCCGGAGCAUCAGGAGCCGCAGCAGGACACACAGCAGGAGGAGCGGCGGCGGCGGCGGCAGCAGCUAGGAGGCUGUCGGUGGGCAGUGUGGACCGGACUCAUACGGCAGCGAGCAGCGUGGCAGGAGGGAGUGUGGCGGAUUUGGAUGACUUGGCGGGUGCGGAGGAGAGGAGUGAUGCGCUGGCGGUGCAGUUUCAGAAGUGGACGACGAGCCUGAGGAGCCCCAGCCCCAAGCCUGGUGCUGCUGCAGAGCGGCCCCCGUGGGGCGGACCCAGGGGAGGUAGACCUGCAGCGAAUAAUGGGCAGAGGAACGGUGCCGCAGCACAAGGCAGGAAGCUGUCUGCACCGACUGCCUCGUCCCGCAUUCUGUGA